AGUGUCGAAAUGCAUCAAGGGUGGACUGGCGACUUGCCACGCACAAGACCAUGAUGUCUGUGUCAAAUCAUCUCACACGGACUGCUUCCAGCUGAACAUCACCUGCUUAGAGGAAUCCAACGUGACUGCAGAGAUGAUAGCUGCACACUGCCAAGUUCCUGUCAGCAUAUUGGGAUCAUCAUCUUGUAUCUCCGACUGCAUCUCAACAUAUGCAUAUGCAACAAAUGGUUCCUUCACUAAUCGGACUCACACCAGUAACUGCAACUCAGUCCUGAAGAGGAGCCAGUGUCUUCGAAUUGUCGGUUCCUCCGCUGAACCAUGCUCGUCCAUGUAUUCUGAAUGCCGGCGUCUGCAAACUACGACUAACCAAACAUCAUGUGUAGCAAGGGACGUGCUCGAGAAGUCCUGCAAGAGUUGCAAACAAGGCCCAGAGGAAUUGCCAAUGUCGGAGAACUGCCAGAAAUGGCUUUGGAAGCAUAGGAAAUGCUUCACACUGAUCAACGCCACAUGUGUGACUCUGAACAGCACAUGCAUGAGGGCCACAGAUUUGGGAGUGCACUCCAACUGCUCUCGAUACUACAGGAAGCAUCUCCUCAGAGCUUCUUGCAUACAUCGAUGUGGCCAGCCAAUACUAAACCCUUACUGUAUUCAGUCGCAAAGCACGGUUGGCAACUGUGCUGCUCGUCUCACUCUGUCAGAGAUGCCUCUUGCCUACAAGAGGGGAGAUUGCAGACGCCGAAAGCGGCGACAUCAAGUGUCUCUUACCUGCCCGGCAAAUCUGACAGAUCUCUUUACAAGGACCAUAGAUGAUAUCAAGGCAAUCCAGGAUAUAGAGAACAUAUCAACCCAAGCUGCCAUGAUGUCCAGAGCAGCCAUCGCACUACACCAGAGUGAGUUUAUGAAUCAAGCCGAAUUGGAUUGCGCAUUGAGUCAUCUUCUGAAGUCAAUCAAAAAAACAUUUGGCAACAGAUGCAGAUGGCAAGGCCGCUUGAUAUUUGCAGAGAGCGAGGAAAUAAUGAUAAAAGAUUUGACACACAGCUAUGCAAAUGUGCUAAGCUCAAUAGUUGCACGAUUGAGUUGCAGGAGGACGAAGCGGAGAUGGUGCAGAGAAGGUAUAGAUUACAGCACCACACUGAAGAGUUCAAACGGAGAUGCUGUUGAUGGACAUCGAAUUGCCAUGGUGCUUGAAUCAGGUGAGGAUGUCCUGGACAGCAUACCACCAGUUGAGAACUCACUCUUGGCAGUAUCAACACCACAAUUAGCUAUGUCAGUUGUCUGUCCACCAGUUUCCGAUUCGGUGUUCUCUCUCGAUGCCCUGUCUGCUGGAGAUGAGGAGGAAAUUGAAAUGAGCGUUACUGGUGAACAGACCACGAGGCAGGAUCGGACAUCUCUCCUAUCCAUCUACAUGCCCGUUAUCGCUGGAGAUGAGAACAGUUUAGCUAGCACGGGCACUGAGGCUGGUGAAUGUCCAGUGAUUCCAAUGCAGUUCAUAGUGUUCAAACAUCCCGAUCUUUUCACAGAUGUAGGCAUGAGUGAUAGUGAGUACGAAGUAGUCACACCAGUUGUCAGUGCUGCGUUUGCCAACACAGCCUCAGCUGCCCUGAACCUCACUGCUACACCCGUCAAAAUCGUCUUCAACAUCAAGGGUCUAAAUGUUGACUCCAGUGAAGCACUGUGUGCAUACUGGAAUAUCACAGAAAACAAAUGGCUGACAAACGGUUGCUGGAGCAGUGAUGUGGAUAACACACAUGUGUCUUGCAAGUGCAAUCACCUCAGUAGCUUCGCUCUUUUGAAACCAGUUCAGGGCGACACUUUUUACAGGAAGCUGUUCAACAUCAUCACCUACACCUGUUGCCCACUGUCAAUGGCUUGUUUACUGGUCACCAUCUUUAUAAUAUUAAUAUCCAAAAAACUCCGGAAGAUGAGGUUAAUGAGACUUAUUCUACAAAUAAACAUACCGUCAAGUGCAACAGCUUUCUUGAUACCGUUCAUGACAUCAACGGGCAACGUGGUGGUAUGCAAGACAGUGGCCAUGUUGCUGCAUUUGAGUACACUUUGCACGUUUGCAAUGAUGGCUGUAGCAUGCUCAGAGCUGCACCAGGCCGUUUGCCGCGUCUUUCACAAGAAGAAGAAGAGUAAAGUGAGGAAGUACGCCUGGAUCAUUGCUAUAGUUAUACCCGUCAUGAUCGUUGCAAUAGCCGCAGGUAGCACUGCAACAAAUGCGUAUGGUUCCGACACAGAAUGCUGGUUUGAUAGAAGUGAUAGUGAGGAGUUCUGGCUCAUAUCCAUUUUAACGUUCCAAGGUCCUAUGCUUCUCAUUCUAUUGCACAAUGUUGUUACCGGCAUCAAAGUUGUGAGACAAGUAGCCAUGCGAGUGAAACGAGAGAAUCGUGGCUGGAAGCUGGAACAAUGCAAACGUGUGCUGGCCUCCAUCACCACCAUGUCCGUCAUGAUGGGUAUAAUGUGGAUCAUAUUGUGUGUCCUUCAGGUGGAUAAACACUUGACAAUCCAGAUCAGGUUUGUAGUGGUCCAAACAAUGCACGGAGUGGCCACGUUUCUCCUGUUCAUAUUUCGCUCUGCGUCUGUGCGGAAAACCUGGAGAAUGUGGCAGAGGAGAAGACGCUCCAGGAAGAUGUCCUGCACCAGUGUUACAAGAGGGAGUAGGUCCAUGAGCUUGACUUCAACGCGAGCCUCACUGUCAUCGACACGCGAGAUGUCAGUCUCUGGCAAGAACAGAGCGCAGCAAUGGCUGCUUUCAAACUUUUCCUCGGAACGACAAUCAGUGUCAUCACAAGAACCGUCGCCAUGUUUAUUGACCAAUCACAAUGCAUGGACAUCUUCAACCUCUGUUUUCGAGCCAACAGCAAUUGCCACAGCACAGCCAAUGAUGACAGUUAUGGAAGAUCCCUUUCCAUCAGUACCGCCACCCUCUUCCAUGAACCCACCACUAACACCAUCAGAACACUCCAUGCCGUCAGUUUCCAGCAAUUCUAAUUUAAGGAGGUCUUCUCCGCCUCCUGAAAGUGCCCAGCAGUACCAACAACGACUUGUUCAGUCAGCCUCUAGAAGAACAACUUUGGUCAGGCAGCCUCGAGAUAGCUUGCCAAGUUUCUCCGAGGAAGAAGAAGUAACCAUACUGGAUGAGGAAUCACCAACAAGUACUGGAUCUGAAGAAGAAGGUAGAUUGUUAGAGGUCAGUGGGACUUGCGGUAACCAGGAGUUGCAGCAAACAUGCACGGCCGGAAGCAGCAUGGAUGACACACAUGGAUCUUCAGCAUCGGAAAAUAUGAAGCGUAUGUGUAUGUGGAUCGGUUUUAAACCUGCCUUGUUACCCCAGCCACUUCAGUGCAUUGCAAAUAAUGAACUCUUCAACGUUGAGGAAUCAAGCACUGCGUGUCAGGUGUAAAUGACAGAACAGUUACUGUUUCCAACUCCCGAUCAUUGCAGGAACAAACCUAUCGGGGAAUUGGAUAGUUUAUUGGCAAGUGGAAUGGACAUCUGUAUUGCCAACCUCUUCCACUUUUAACUAGACUCAUAGUUGUGUGCAACAUUGUGACCAGUAUACCAUAUGGUUGCGUUAACAGCAAUCAUAAUUAUAUAUUCUUGAGAUCUCGCCUGUACUCGUUAGCAGUCCCGUCACCAUGCUUCAUGUGUGCACCUCUGCACAUUGCUCUUUGCGUUACCUUCCUUUCAAACUCCAUUUGCCAGUUUGUGGUGUUCUAUUUUCUCUGGCGUGUCCAGUACACGCCACCAAGCUUCGUUUUCAUCAAUUGAUUUCAUGGUGCGGGUAUCUGUCUGUGGUCCAACGCUGCACUAAUAUCUGGGAGAUUCUUCAUUGCCCAGUGCUUCCAAGUGAU